CAUUCGACACGAUUAGUUGCUCAAUUAAACAAUCGUUCUAAAAAUGUUACGUUUUAGUUUGAGUUUAUUGGCUUUAUGUUGCCUUUCAUUAAGUUCCAGUUCACCUUUAAAUCUCCAAACAAUUGUUACUAAAUUGGAUGGCAGCCAUAUUGUGGGAAAUAAUACACGUGUUAAACUGUUCCGACACGAAUUAAAUGAUGGAUUGAAUAACCGCAUUAUUAAUGGAAAUGAUGCUCCAAACACACCAUGGGUUGGUCGAAUGAUUACAGAGCGUGGAAAUGGUUACGUUGUGAGUAAUUGUGGAGGAAGUCUGAUCGCUUCGCAUUGGGCUUUAACUGCCUAUCAUUGUCUGUUUGAUGACAACGGUAAUAUUGUCAGUAAUUCUUUCUGGAUUAGUCUUGGUAAUGUAGAAUGGGUUUAUGGUCAAUAUGUUGGAGUAACUGAGAUCAUCCAUUUUGGUACCAAUGACCAUGAUAUAGCACUUCUACGAUUAGAACGGGAUGUUAACGAUAUUGGACCUAUUCCUGUACAGUUGGAUGAUAAUAUUGAUUAUCGAGGACGAUGGGCCAGUAUUUAUGGUUGGGGCCAAACUGAAACAGGCCAUGGUCCAGACAGACUAAGAGUAGCAAAUGUUGUACUAUGGGAACGUGAACAAUGUGAGUACAACAUGGUAUGCCUCAAUCCAGAAAUUACAAAUACGAAUGCAUGCGGCGGAGAUAGUGGAGGCCCAAUGGUCAUGGAACAAGAUGGACAAACAAGACAAAUUGGUAUUUGUCAUGCGGGCUACAAUAUUGGAGGUGGUUUUUGUAAUGGAAAUAAAGCAUUCUAUGUUAGUACAUCGUACUAUGGAGACUUUAUUCGAGAUCACAUAAAUCAGUGAUUAUUAUUUAACCGAAAAAUGGAUCGUUUAAUAAAAAAUAAUUAUCAUUUUU